AUGUCGAGUUUCAAACCGGACGAUGCGGAGGACCGGAGUGGGUACCGGUACUCCGCCAUGGUGAAGCUCUCGUCCAACAGCUCCGUCUACGACAACUGCAUGGCGUCGUCCAGUCUAAGAAACCCUGGGGCCGCGGCCGGCGAUGGAGAAACUGUUGUGUUCAGGAAAUCCAUGCCGCAGUGUCCAUCAUCACUGACGUCGUCGCCAGCGAGAAGUGUCACUGACAGACCGAACUCUGCCAUGUCGGGUUUGACAGUGGACAGUAUGGGCAGUCCACGACUCGGCUCUGUGGCAAGCAAUAGCCGGGAGAGGACCGCCGCCAUUGGCAACGGAGUUGUGAUAGAUAAGCCUCCAGACUACAAUGAGUGUGAUAGUGUGAAGCCUCCAGACUACAGCCAGUGUGAUACUGUGGACUGCCAGGCCUCGCAGGUGAGACCGGCCAGCAGCAUGUCUCAGGCCACGGUGACCAGCAGCCCUGGGUGGACAGACGGUCAGCUGUCCCGCGGGUCUCGCUUGACUGUCGACAUAUCCGCGUCCCGGCACACCUCGUCGUCGGAAUCCCCCGAAUGGCCCUCCCCGCCGGAACCACUCACCCCCCAGACCCCUCUGACACCAUUGUACACAAACACCAUGUUCGACAGUGACGCCAUCCAGCGCAUGCUGAGAUCCCUCCCGGCCUCGCCCGUCGACAAGGAGGACCUCGGUUUCCAUGACGAUCCAGGCUGUGAUGGCACGAACCAUAAUGGCAACUGCCGGUCUGGUUCUCUAUCCCGGACGAAGAGUCUGAACACCCAUGAUAGGUGUACGCGACCUUCGCAAUCGUCGCGACACAAGCCGCUCGCGGUCACUGAGGAAACCGGGAUGAGUACCGUGAGAAUGGCCGACCUGCCCAAGUCUCGACAGCUCACCAAGGUGCUGGUGGAGCAGGAGCUGCUGAGGAAGAACCAGUGUGCGCAGAGUUCGUACCCCGACAGCGGAAUCGGAGGCAUGAUGGGGGAGACGUCUGGAUCUCUGCUGUCAGGGGAUAGCGGAACAGCACAGCUGAAAUCAGGACCAGGAAUAAACCAUGACCUUCGGACAAGGUCAUCAGGGGGCAGUAGUGGGGGCAGUAACCAUAGUGACAUCAUCAACCAGCUGGGCGAGGGGUCAGAUGUCAAACAUUUUCUCUCAGCAGAGCACUCUGAUGCAGAAGACACCGAGACUGACGGAUGUGUAGACGCCAUGACGGAGUCUGAAUCACAGCUGUCCUAUGUCAGACAGGUUGGAGCCAUCAGAAAAGCAGGGUGGCUGGUUGUGAAGAACUGGUUGGUCCACAAGAAGCGGAAGAUUGAGCUGGCCCCGCGCCGUAACUGGAAGCGAUACUGGGUGUGUUUGAAGGGAACCACGCUCCUCUUCUUCGACUGUGAUGAGGAGAGCACCGUCACGCAGAACAGUGUGCCAAGACACAUACUGGUGAUUGAGGGUGGUAUUGCUCAGGCGGUACCGGAGCACCCGAAGCGUGACAACAUUCUGUCUCUGAGCACGGCAUGUGGAGAUGCGUAUCUCUUUCAGGCAUCCUCCCAGAAUGACCUUGAGAACUGGAUUCGAGCCAUACAUUCGGCGUGUGCGUCCUCGUAUGCCCGACAGCACGGGAAAGACAACACACUGAAACUGCUAAAGAGUGAGCUGGAGAAACUGGAAACAAAUAUUGAUACAGAUGUGAAAAUGCGUAAAAUGGCUGAACUCCAGAUGACGAUUGUGUCUGAUCCGAAGAGUCGCCAGGCGAUCGUGCGUCAGAUCGCCCAGUGGGAGGAGAAUCUGGAGAAGCUGUACGUCGACCAGUACCGGUUCCGGUGUUACAUCGCCUCGCUGCUCGGCACAGAGCUGUCAAACCCAAAGGUGUUGCUGGCCAAUGCCUCCAAACUAACGAAGACGACUCUGGGUCGGCUCGGAAUCUUCACGGUGACCUCGUUCCACGCUCUCGUGUGUGCAAGGAAACCCCUCAUACUCCCCAAUAUCUACGGGAAAGGAUCUCACAAGGGAGGCAUGCUGUCUCCCAAAGCUGAAGGAUCUCAGAAACCAAGGUCAAGGACACCUACAGCAUUAAUGGAUACUACUCUCAAUACUGAUUCAGUAUACAAAACUGGUCAUGAGCGGUUGUCCGAUUCCAUGGAUAACAUCACUGACAUGUCAAAUGAUUCUAGUCACGGUCAUGAGAGCUUGUCACGGAUCAUUCUACCAAACCAGCAGUCUUAUACUUUUCAGACGAUGCUGGUUGGGAUAGACAAGAGGACGACAGUUCAACACCUGUUGGAGACCACGUGCAAUAAACGCCAGCUGAAUCCGCGCGACCACUACGUCAGAAUUAAACCGCUUGGAUCGAUGGACGACAAGUUCGUCAUCCCGGAGAAGCAUCAGCUUGUCAAACAGCUGAGAUAUGAGGCUCUGGAGGUUUGUCAGAAGAGUAUUUUCCAGCUGGAGCUCACCAAGCUCACAAAGGGUGGAGUGUUUGGGUUCGCAGUCGAGGCAGAACUAGCCGAGGAUUUAGACCGAGACGACGAACUGAGGGUGUACGUUUGUGAGAUUACACCGGGGUCCGUGGCUGAGAAACGGGGUUUACUGGUUGGUGAUGAAAUUCUUGUGAUAAAUGGAAAAGUGAUUUCCGAACUUGAUAUGGUUUAUAUUGAAACACUGUUACAUGAAUCUAGGACGUUGUUUUUGACGAUUCGUUCAUUUCGCACCAAGCCUCCAGUAAGUGAUUUCAUAACGGACCAUGCCAGCACGUACAUUGACAGCAUGGUGUGUCCACCGCCCCCUAGUCAACCGCGCAUUACGGAGAAACUCAUUGGAGAUCUCAUUGUUCCAGCACCUGUCUUGUCAGCGGCUGAUGGGGGUGAGAAGAAAAGCUCUCCUAAGCUAGUAAAACAAGAAGUACCGACGGACCAAAUUGAUGCUCUUUUGAAGGGGGCGGAGCAGGUAACGGCUAUCUGUCGGAACUCUAAUGGUACGAUGCAGUCUCAGACAUCAGGAAGUACUUGUUCCGUGCGGACUCUGAGCGAUGCCCAACGACUGCGUAAGGUUAUCAUGGAGCUGAUAGAGACAGAACGAGCAUAUGUUAAGGAUUUAAACUGCCUCAUGGAGAGAUACCUGGUUCCACUCCAGGACGAGACAUUCCUUACAUCUGAUGAGAUCAACCAGCUGUUCGGCAACAUUCAGGAGAUCGUCCCAUUCCAGCGGCAGUUCCUCAUCAGCCUGGAGGAGGCCAUAGAACUGGAGAGUGACUUCUUCACAACCACCGACCCCAAACAGUUCAGAAGGGUGUUGUUUUCCAUCGGUGGGUCAUUCCUGUACUAUGCCAACCACUUCAAGGUCUACAGUUCCUUCUGUGCAAGCCAUUCACGAUCACAGAAAGUCCUCAACAUCGAUGCUAAUGAAGAACUGAAGAACUUCCUGCGAGCUCGUAACCCAAAACAGCAGCAUUCUGCCACGCUGGAGUCAUUCCUCAUCAAACCCAUUCAACGAAUCCUCAAGUACCCUCUCCUCUUACACCAGCUGUGUCAGCUCGCACAGCCCGACACUGAUGAGCACCACCAUCUAACAGUUGCAGAAGCCCUGCGGGGGAUGGAAGCGGUGGCUGAACAUAUCAACGAGAUGCAGAAGAUCUACGAGGAGUACGGGUCGGUGUUCGAUGACUUGUCCAAGACUUUCAAGAAAGUCCAUCCUCACAAACAGCCUGUUGACCUGAGUGUGGGUGAGCUGCAGAUGUACGGGAUGGUGGAGUGGUGCAACAUGCUCGAGUAUCUGGGCAAGGUCAAGAAGACCGUCGAUUUUGAAAACACUGUCUUUGUCUUCAGGACUGGGGUCGUCUUUCUCUGCAGAGAGAGGUCAAAAAGAAGAAAAACUAGAUCCGUACCAAACAAAUCCUCAUCGGAUUCUUCAGACAUGGUGGAGAGAUUUCGCACGCUGAUUCCCACGCAAGAAGUGCAGGUGCAUGUUGGGAAGAUUAGUGACAUGGACCGCCACUACUGGUGGGAUCUGGUCCACUCACGGUCUGAUGGGGACAGCAGGCCGGAGAGGCUCUAUCAGUUCUGUAACAGCACGCCUGAGGCGAAAGCAGAUUUCAUGAAGGUGAUUCGACAGACAAUUCGUGACAGUGUCAGGCGAAUGACAAUUCCUGCAAAUCGUCCACAGCAGCCAAAUGUUGUGGGUAGUCCGAAAACUACCACAAAACUGGAACAAAUUCCCAGUAUGAACAAGAAACGGACUAACCGACCCAUGGACCCUGAGCGACAUUCAAUGGACUUCGAGGAGAAGUACUGUGUGAUAAGUUAUGAUAAUUCAUUCCGGACUCGCAGCAAGACGAUCGGCGACCUCAACGAAAUUUUAUGAAAGUUGAGUGACAAAUGAGCCGAGAGCAUGUGGCCCAGUGAGGCCACGUGGCUGGUGAGAUUCUUCUUGCCUGGUAUAGGGGCUUGUUUUUUCGUUUUUGUUUAAUGCAAAUUGUCCAUCAGCAUGGUGUGAAUAUGAAGCCUUUUGAGUGAUGGUUUAUUUUCAAUUAUGUCAAUUUUGUUGGUUGUGGAAGACUAAUCCAGCCUUUUCGUUUGUGGCCAGCAGCUGGCUUAAUUGUUGUCUACUGUUGAUAAAUUGGCCAACAAAGUUUUCUUGUUUUUAAAAUACAUUUUAGUAAAUACAGUUUUAGAUCUUUUAAUUAAACAUGUUUUUCGUCAGUCAUAGCAGAUUGCUUUCUACUUUUCCUACAAUUAAUGUCUUGUAGUUCAUUUUGAAAUGAAAAGGCUGGUAUCAGAUAACAAAAACAGUUUUUGUACAUAACUUAAAAACAUUUUUCAUAAGGACAAAUUUAGAUGGGUUUUACCCACUGAACUACAUGUAUUAUCCAAUAUGUUAAUGUGCUAAAUUAGACACUAGGGGUGCAAUACAAUAUUGCCAAUAAUCAAGGAGCUUAAUCAUUUUAUCCUGCUUUUUAUUUGGUACAUUUUAUUACUACCUAGCUUUAGUUAUUGCUAGUUUUUGCUGGAAAUUUUCACAUUUGGCCCAAUUUUGUUAUAGCUACAAAUAGUACUACAAUGAAUCAUGUUUGUUAUACAUCAAAAGGUUGGGUUUUUUCACACCUGCUUUUAAAAAAUCAUUUCAAAAUGUUUAUAAUACAUCCAUUUCAUAGAAUAAUUUGUAAUUGCUAUUCAUUACUUUGAUAAACUUUUGUUGUUUAUUUCAUUGUAACAUAUGACUGAUAUUACCCAGAACUUGGCAAAUGCAGUGAACUCUUCAAUAGUUUGCUCUGAAUUUAGUUCAUACCAGUGACAAUAAUCUCAACAUUUUACAACAUACACGUAUUACAUGUGUGUCACAUAUAUUGUGUAUCACAUACAUAUUUACAUGUUUUUAUCAUGGGUGUUCUGUUAUGCUUUAUCAAUGUUUCAUGGACCGUUUUAGAUAGAUGCAUUUCUAACUGCUGCAUUGUCCAAAAGAGGUUAACGACAGUUUGUAAUCAUUAGUACUCUCAGGAUCUUUGAGAGAGUUUACAUGCUACUGGUUGUAAUUUCUUAUGCUUACAACAAUCUGAAUGAAACGGAUCAUACUACAGUGGCAGGCGGGUCAAGAAAAUCCAUUUAGAAGGGUGCCCAGUGACAAAGGCCAGGAUUCUCUAAUGUAGUUUAGACAUAAACUCUGUGUGAAUAGAGGAUAAUAAAUGAGGUAUCAGUUAUUAUCAAGGUUAUGUCCAAAGUGAAAUAUUUUUCAUUUGUCACAAACUUUAGUGAGUGACAAAUGACCAUUAUUUUAUAUGUGACAUAAAUUUGAUAAUAACUGAUAGUAAGUUUGUUACUCUAUUUAUUACCUCAGCUUUUUUUCUUCCUCUAAAAUUAAACCCUCAGUUUUGAUAUCCAUCCAUGUAUAUAGAAAUGAUGUAAACCAUGCACUUUACACAUUGUUCUGAGUAUUGCUAUAACUUUGUAGUUUAUUCUUGUGUUUCUGUUUUAAAAAAUAUAACAUAAAUUUAAGAUAAAAACCAUAAAUGCAAACUCUUUUAUCUACAUGUAUUGGUUGUAUUUGUCACACAGUAAUUGCCCAAUCAUCUAUUAUUAUUAUUAUUAUUAUGCUACACCAAUGCAUAAUAAUUUUAAGUUUGACCGCUACUUUCAAAGAUGAUGGAAAAUCCAGACAAUAUGAUUUAUUUCAGUUGGAUUGAUUUAAGAAAACAUUGAUCACAAUCAUGCAAUGUCUAUUCAUUUUAUCAUAUUAAAUGUGAGCCUAUUGUCUGUAAUAUACAUACACACUACUUUAAUAACUUAUUAAACAUGACCACUGAUGGUGAACUGAAGCAAAUUAGGCCAAAGGAUACUCGUGCAAUAUUUAAUUUUUAAGUCAGUUUUUUUUGUUGUGUGUAAAAGUGUAGCAGUAAUUUAUUGCAGUUUAACAUAAUUGUUUCUUUGUAGCUGUAUAUUUUGUAGACCAUUAUGCAUCGAUGAACGUAGAAUGUGAGUUUACAUAGACAAAGUAGAUUUGAAUAGAUUUUCUGUUUUGGUGUAACCAACUUAAAGAGGUUUCUGUACAUCAUGUAUUACACACAUAGUCCUGACUGCUGCAGGCAGCAGUUGUUAACUGAUCUGUUAUACAUACUGGACAUCUCAUACAUUAUGUUGUGUUGGUUGGAUAUACAAUGAAAAUAAGUUUUCACUUUACAAAGAUGAUUAUAUAUCUAUUAUAUAUACACACUUGAAUUUCUCAUUGGCUUAAACCCUGUCGGUGCUCGAGAAAGUGUUUGACCCAUCGGCUAAUUCGACCUAACCAUUCGGUCAACAUUGUGUAAGUAUAACUUGGGGCUUCGUUUUUGAUUCGAGCCUUGUGGUAUAUUCGACCCAACGAGAUUCUACUGUAUAUAAUGAUAUAUAUAUAUAAACAGAAUCUCUUUAACUGGUAAAUGAUAGUUACAAUCAUUACCAAUCAUUACAUUUUACUUAUAAAUAUUUAAAGUAAAGUCAGUGAAGCUGGUCACAGCUUCUAGAUUAUGGUAGCCCCACUCCUGUGGCUAGAGAUAUUCAAUGUUGGGCUAGUAAAUAUCUGCUAUUACCAUGCCCGACGUCUAGUGAAAAAAAAAGAGUCAAAUGCUGCAUUUAAGUCUAUUUUGUAAAUAUGAAUAUCCUGGCCCCACUCCUAUCUUCUCAAUCUUAGUGUUUUGAAGCUCUAUCUCCCUCUUUAGGUGACAUAUCUGAUUAUUACUAUUAGUUAAAUUGUAUUUACUUCAAAGUGAAGUAGGGCUUGUGGAUUUUUAAUCAUGGCUAGUAAAAUUUUUAAAUUACUGAUCACAUGACUAGUGGAUUUUAUAAAAAAUUCUAGAAGCCAUGCUGGUAUACUCAUUUUCCAAUAACAUUUUAGUUUUAUUUAUGGGUCAAAUGAACAAUCAUUUUCAGAUUGCAGAACAGAUAGAAAUUAAAGUUUAUAUUACUCAACUAGUGGUGGAUCCAAAAAAUCCAUUUAGGGAGGCUCAAUGACAUGUACCUGAAGGCUGCAAACGUUCCCUAAGCGAUUAAAAUAUAACAGUCACAAAAUUUAAGUGGCCCCUAGAGCUUCCCCUUAGAUUUGCCACUGUCAACUUUUGCUAGGGUUAUUUGGAAACACAUAUGUCAAGCUAGUAAUGCAACUACCUUUUUGGUGUUCAAUGGAUUCCAUAUUUAUUAAUUGUAGUGGACUACGGUGAUGUAUUUAACAUCCAAAAAACUUCUUAGUCUCAUAGAUCAUAUGCUGCACAAAUGUAAGAUGUUGACAAAUUGUUUAUCGUGACAUAUAUCUGGUAUAUCCCUAGCAAAAGUUGAGUAGUAUAGUUUGUAUAUAGGCGAAUUUAUAGACAUGAUUUAUUUUAAAAGAAAAAAGAAAAGAAAAACUACCUUACAUUUUGAAAUUCUGGUUGUUACAUUACAUGCAUAAUGUUGAUUUAACAAGAUCUGUAUAGAGAGGCCAAUGUCUUGUCAUUGGUUCAUAUAUGUACAAUUUUAAACCUUGAACUGGGCUAAUAAACUCAGUUUAUAAUGAACCGUUAAUAAUUUCAGCAGAAUUAUUCAGUUGAGAUGUAUUUUGACUUAAGACCAAAAGUGACUAAUCAUUUGAUCGUAGCUCUGUUAAGACACCACACCACCAUUUGGCGUGUCGUUACUUGUUGUACCAGCUUAAUGUAGUCCAUUUUAGGAAAUAGGUCCUCAUUAAAAGAUAAUACAAAAGUCUGAUAUCCCGUUGAAAUCUUUCUUUGAUGCUUACAAGUAGAUUGGCCUCUGUAGUAUUUGAAUAACCCAUUGGUUUAAUGUUAUUUUUUAUAUGUAGUACUAACUGAUAACAACUGUGCAAGUGGUAUACUGACACUUUUAUAACAGCAACAUGAGGUGUGCUCUGGCAUGAGGGUGGCUGAAUGAAAAUGUCAGUGGUUGAGUUUUUACACAGUACUUGUCAAGGGAAGGAAGGAAGAUGUUUUAUUUAACAACAAACACAUUUUAUUUAUGGUUAUAUGGCGUCAGACAUAUGGUUAAUGACUACACAGAUAUUGAGGGAGGAAACCCACUGUCGCCACUUAAUGGGCUACUCUUUUCGAUUAGCAGCAAGGGAUCUUUUAUAUGCACCAUCCUAUAGACAGGAUAGCACAUACCAUGACCUUUGAUAUACCAGUCAUGGUGUUGUCAAGAGAAAGCAAUCCCUAAAACUAAUAGUGACAUGACCCUCUCGAUAGUGUUGUAUUUUUCACACAAUAUAUUCUGACAUAGAAAUUAUAUUGGACUGAAUGGAGUAAUUAAUGGUGGUGUGGAACCGUAAACCGAAUUUCAACUAUGAAUCUUGGCUGAACUGUCAAGGAAUAAUCCGGCCAAAUACAUGUAGUAUUAGCAGGUUUUUUUUUAUGACAUUACCGACAAUCUGUUUUAGUGAAAUAUAUACUGUAUUGUUCUGAUUAUACACUUGUUUCACUACACUGAAAUGCAAUUUUUUUUCUUCUGAUGUUACAUUUACAAUUUAUUUAAUUAACAUAAUGAUAAUAACUAGUCAGUGAUAAAGAUAAAUCUUUCUUUUCUUUUACAUAAUUUCAUUCAGGCCUACAUGCUCAGAGCCUCUUGAAGCUGGGUUAGCAGAGUCCAAAGUAUACUGUUUUAUAACUAAUGAGUAUUAUUUUGUCUAAUCAUAUCAAUAAUAUGAUUUCUUUUCCGAAAAUGAUGAUAUAAAUGUGUAAUAUAUGUGAAUAGAUAAAGCCGUAUUUUCACUGUAGACAGUUUUGUGGAUACUGUUGCUGCAAACAGUGAUACAUAUAACUUUACUGUGGUAACAGUUAAUUAUCUUUUUCUAUUAUUGGUUUACUGUAUUGUUAUUAAAAGCUGUCUUCACA